AUGGGUCUUGCAUUUCGACAUGUUAAUUACUUGGGGUAUGGUAUCUACAAUGAUAUCAAAAGUAGAUUACCGCAUUAUGCAUCUGAUUUCAAAGAUGCUUACAAUUAUAGAGUCAUACCGUCUACAACAUUUAUAUUCUUCACAAAUUUAUUACCAGCUAUAGCAUUUGCCCAGGAUAUGUUUGACAAAACAGAUCAUGCAUAUGGAGUUAAUGAAGUGCUAAUGCUGAGUGCAAUGGCAGGUGUGGUUUUUGGAUUAUUAUCUGGUCAACCAUUAUGUAUAGUUGGUGUUACUGGUCCAAUUUCGAUUUUCAGUUAUACAGUUUAUGAGUUGAUGCAACCAAGAGGAACACCGUAUUUCCCAUUCAUGUGUUGGAUAUACCUUUGGUCCAUGGUAUUUCAUAUCAUUAUCGCCGUGGGAAAUUACAUUUCGUUUAUGAGAAUUAUCAGUCUUUAUUCAUGUGAUAUCUUUGGAUUCUUUAUAAAUAUGGUUUAUAUUCAAAAGGGUAUUCAAAUAAUAAGUAACCAAUUUGACGAAGUUGAUCUUGCUAGCGGUUACUGUUCCGUAAUGAUUGCUUUGUUGAUGGUUAUCUGUGGUGUUGGAUCAUCAAUUUUUGGAAACAACUUACAUUAUUUCAAACCAUGGGUUAGAAAAGUAUUCACAGAUUAUGGUGUCGUAGCGCUGGUGAUAUUUUUCACCGGGUUUAUCCAUUUUGGUGGGAAACUUGAUGACACAACAUUGGCAAAGUUACCUAUAACCCAAGCAUUCCAACCAACUAAAAGUGGAGAUACAAGACCACACGGUUGGUUCAUUCAUUUUUGGCCUGGAGAGAAUAUAUCUGUGGGGGACGUUUUCUUGGCCAUUCCAUUUGCCAUAUUAUUGACAUUCUUAUUCUAUUUUGAUCACAAUGUUUCAUCGUUAAUGUGCCAACUGAAAGAAUAUCCGUUAACAAAACCUGCUGCAUUUCACUGGGAUUUCUUGUUAUUGGGAAUCACUACUGGUGUUGCUGGAAUAAUGGGUAUACCACCUCCAAAUGGAUUAAUUCCUCAGGCUCCACUACACACUGAUUCUUUGGUGGUGUAUGACAGUUCAGGUAAAAAGUUGUCAGUUGUUGAACAGAGAGUGACUAAUACAUUACAGGGAGCCAUGACAUUUGUAAUGAUGUCUCGUCCAUUUUUGGUUCUUCUAGGAUUAGUACCUCAAGCUGUACUUUCGGGAUUGUUUUUCAUUAUGGCUAUUGGUGGGUUGCAUGGUAAUAUUGUUACCAACAGAAUAAGAUAUUGCCUUUUAGACAAAGAUUAUAUAGAGAAUGAUCCCCUGUGUCCAGAUGUAUGGAAAGAUAUACACAAGCUUCCGACCAAGAAGUGGUUUUAUAUUUAUACUGUGCUAGAAGUACUUGGUGGAGUUGCCGAAUUCAUUAUUACAUUGACUAAAGGGGCAGUUGGGUUUCCAGGGGUUUUGUUAUUCCUCGCGUUUUGUGCUAAAUGGAUAUGGCCGUUAUUUAUUCCAAAGGAAGAAUUAGCUAGACUUGACGGAGAGGUUGCUGAUGAGUUCAUUAUUAGAAAUUUUACCGUAGCUUCAGAUGAAAAGGAAAGAAGGAAAAAAACAAAGAAUGAAGAUGUGGAGAAGGAUAUUGCGAGUGAUUUCCAAGAGACCUCAAAUACAUUAAAUCACAGGAAUAAUAGUAUCUAUUCCUCAUCAAGCUGA